AUGACAACCGCGACGAGCACACAGGUCUCUACGGCGCAGGACGACGCUGUCCUCGUGCAGAAUCCGUAUGCAUCUCAUCCACAGCUGAGCUCACUGGAAGGUGAGGUACUGUGGGAGUAUGCUAAGACGGCGCGUCUGAUUCGCAAGCUGUCCGGUAUCACGAAAGAACUAGGCGGAAGGUCAAACGAGUCGUUGCUAGCACAAUUACGCGUAUUGGAGCGUAAAAUGGGACUUGUCUUAACGCUGUUCAAAGCUUCUGUAUGGGCUGUAAUCGUCGAAGGCGAAGAGGCAGAGCAAGAGAUGCUUGCUAAGCAACAAGAGGAAGCGCGACUCUCCGCAGCCAACACUUCUCACCUCAGUGAACACGACUACGAGUGAAUUUCUCCGGUGGCUGGUCGACCAUCCCUAGAAGGCAAGGUAGGUUUGGGAAUUGGACUGGGUGGCUGGCUCCCCUCCGUGCCCUCGCCCCGGUCCUCGGGGAAACUCGCCUGGCACCUCCAGGUCGAGGGGCGUACCAGCCCAGACCUGCCGUAAACCUGACCCUUACAUACUGUCUAAGACCAGGCGGCUGGGUCAUUAGACAUUAUCAUGGUUCACCUUUCGCUUGGACUUCUGUUACUUUUGGGGCUUGUUCCAUCGCUAUCUCUGUAUAUUACCUGUAAUGUCC